GAACCUUUGGAAAAGUAUAUCAUGCAGAAAGUUCAGGCUUAGAUGUUGCUUUAAAAUCAUUUGACAAUAAUAACGCAAUUAUUGUUCAAGAACUUAAAUUACACAAAAAUCUUAGCAUUCAUAAUAAUAUUAUUAGAUUUUAUGGUGUUUCCACGAAUGAAGACGAAGACAACUUUCAGUACCUCUUAGUUUUUGAGUACGCUGAUAGUGGUACAUUAAGAGAUUAUUUACAACUUAAUUUUUAUAAACUUGAUUGGACGCACAAGUUAAAUUUAGCGCAACAAUUAAUUGAUGCGAUAAAUUUUAUGCAUGAAAAUGAUAUUGUACAUGGAAAUCUUGUAAUUAUCAAUUUAAGAUUUAUUUAA